AUGCCACAAUACAUUUAUAUCAACGGAUAUCCAGGAGUUGGCAAGUUGACCAUCGCUAAGGAACUUGAGAAACUUAUACUCAGUUCAAAGAUUUACCAUAAUCAUUUAUUUAUCGAUCCUGUCGCCCCAUUAGUCGAUCGCUGCUCACCACACUAUCACGACAUACGGACGAGCUUUCGACGCCACAUCCUCAAUACCAUUGCCACAUCUGAGGCAACACAACAAUUCACCUGGAUUUUCACCGAUUCUCGAUCUUCAAGCUUGAUCGGUAGUACGGGUGCCGAAGAUUACAGAGAUGCAGCCAAUAAAAGAGGCGUCCCAUUCAUUUCCAUCGUACUACGCUGCCAGUUGGAGGAAAAUGUGACAAGAGUACUGGGUGAAGGGCGCGGCGCUGGCUUUAAUACUAAGCUGACGGAUCCAGAGGCAUUGAAAAGAAUUAGACAAGAGGAGGAUAUCUAUACUUUUGGAGGGCCAUAUGAGUUGGAACUAGAUAUUACAAACAUAACACCAACAAGAGCUGCGCAAAAGAUAUAUGAGCAUCUAGCUAAGGUUAUCCAUACUACUUGA